CACCGCGUUUCAUCUUCCAGCUGACUGAGACGGAUUGAUAAUUCAGGAGAUAACUACUAGCAUCUAUACUUUUAUUAGAAGCCAGGAACACGUUUAUAAUUUCCAAUAAGCUCCCCAUGAAGGUGAUUGAACCAGACAUCCCCGCUGUUGGAUGAAAAGCAUUGUCCUGCCUUUGCAGGUGUCUCAGACCGGGUCAGGGUGGAUCCAGUAUCCCAGCUACUAAAGCUAACGUUAGCUGGUGGUGUUGAUGACCGGUCGUUUGACAAGAAGCUCGAUUUCCAGGAGGUAUCAUGGCUAGUAAGGUGAAAUGGGUGACUGACAUUGAGAAAUCCGUGCUCAUCAACAACUUUGAGAAGAGAGGAUGGACUCAGGUCACUGAAGGCGAGGACUGGAACUUCUACUGGAUGAGCAUCCAGACCAUUCGGAAUGUUUUCAGUGUGGACACAGGCUACCGUCUGUCCGAUGAGCAGAUGGUCAACCACUUCCCCAACCAUUAUGAGCUGACCAGGAAGGAUCUGAUGAUCAAGAACAUCAAGCGCUACCGUAAAGAGAUGGAGAAGGAGGGAAGCCCACUGGCAGAGAAAGACGAGAAUGGGAAAUAUCUUUAUCUAGACUUUGUGCCGGUGACGUUCAUGCUUCCGGCAGAUUACAAUCUGUUUGUGGAGGAGUUCCGGAAGAGUCCUUACAGCACCUGGAUAAUGAAGCCGUGUGGAAAAGCUCAGGGAAAAGGCAUCUUCCUUAUCAACAAACUGUCCCAGAUCAAGAAGUGGUCCAGAGACAGUCGCACCUCCACGUUUGUGGCGGCCUCUAGUGGCAAGGAGGCCUAUGUCAUCUCACUAUACAUUGACAACCCGCUGCUUAUCGGAGGCAAGAAGUUUGACCUGCGUCUCUAUGUGUUGGUGACCACUUAUCGGCCUCUCAAGUGCUACAUGUAUAAACUGGGCUUCUGCAGAUUUUGUACAGUGAAGUACACCCCCAGCACCAGUGAACUGGACAACAUGUUUGUUCACUUAACCAAUGUGGCCAUUCAGAAACAUGGGGAUGACUACAACCACGUUCACGGAGGGAAGUGGACCGUCAGUAACCUGCGUCUGUACCUGGAGAGCACCCGGGGGAAGGAGGUGACCAGUCGGCUGUUUGAUCAGAUCCACUGGAUCAUGGUGCAGUCCCUAAAGGCCGUCGCUCCCGUCAUGAACAAUGAUAAACACUGCUUUGAGUGUUAUGGCUAUGACAUCAUCAUCGAUGACAAGCUAAAGCCGUGGCUUAUUGAGGUCAACGCCUCUCCGUCACUCACCUCUAGCACGGCCAAUGACCGGAUACUGAAGUACAACCUCAUCAAUGACACACUUAACAUCGUCACACCUAAUGGGGACAUUCCUGACUGUCGCUGGAACCGCAGCCCUCCCAGAGAGGCUCUGGGCAACUACCAAGUCCUGUAUGACGAAGAGCAGGCACUUAGCGAGAAUGCAGAACGCGACUUACGGAGUCGCUCGGGCCAGUCACUGGGGUCAAAGGGCACGGCGAGGGGCGGCACUGGGCCACGCCCAACUGCUGCCACCUGGAAGUGAGGAGUUAGUGUUCAGUAUACCUCCCUGUCCCUUCACGGACCUCUCUGCUCUGCCCGCUUCAUUUAUGGAGGAAAAGUGGUCAGGGCAAGGGACCACCCAAACUAUGCCACCCUUACAUGGAAUGACCACGGUGUACCCCCUCCUCAACCCAACAGUCUUUCCAUCCUCCCCAUUACAGACAGACAGACAGACAGAGAGGAGGCCAACAACACCCACCCCCAGGGCACUGACGCUCCUCUAACCUGCAUGAUAUUAUGGUUGGGGAGGUAAUGGGUAGCGAAGAGAGGGAGUGAAUUUGGGCAAGAGAGAGUGAAUCAUUUGUGAACAUAUUAGAUGUAUCUGUGUGCUAAAAAAGAGAAAUGGGGGGGAAAUGAAUAUUUAAAGGGAAAAUUAACACGAACAGUUCAGUUUGUUGAACUCAACAUUGAUCAGUUCACAGAUCUGCAUUAUGAGUUUGUCUCUCAGAGGGAGGCACAGAGAGAACCUGCUGUUGAGGAUUGCGGGACUGGAGUGUGUGCAUGAACCUUGAUCCUGCCAUGCAUCACAAGCAAAGGUGUUUGUGCGUACGUGCGUACGUGCGUAUUCUGCAGUCAAGACCGCAUCACACACUCGUGUUUAUCAGAAGGCCUGUAUUAUACUCUAAUGUAAUUUAUCACCCUUUUAUAGAGCAAUGGGUAGGAGACAUUCUUCAAGAUUUCAUCAAUGCAUCUUUUUGAAUAUUGUGGCCUUAUUUUCAUUCUUUCUAUGCUUAUAGGGGAUUUACAUUUACAAUUUGGUAAUGUAGAUAAUGCUCUUAGAUACGUUAUUUACUGAACAUUUAGUAGAUCAUGUUUUGUGAGGAAGGAGAGUGACACAAUUGAAAGCUAAGAACUGCAGUGAUUAUGAUAUGGGGUCCAGAUUGGACACUUGAGCCAGGAUGCCAGAGUUUACACCCCUGCUGUAACAGUAAGUACAAUGGAGUCUUUGGCUUUAGACCAGAGGGAAAUGUACCCCUUAUUGGCCAUGUGUAAAAGACAGACUUCCUAUUUGCUGUAAAUAACAAGCAAAAUUUGACAAGCAAUUUUCUCUGUAACGAGAAAUGUUUUGUAUGGGGGUGAACAACAAGAAAAGAAAGUGUGAAAAUAAGGCCUGAGUGUUUAGUGUGUCUUCGAACUACCUGGAUACACACGCAUGUGUGAAUUUAAUUUGUUCAUGUCUGAAAAACACAUUUAAAGUUUUAAUCUCUAUUUUAAAAUGUAUGACCCAAAAAUCAUAUUUGAUAUUAUAGACUGUAUAAAACAUACUGUAAGAUAAAAUGGACAAGUUACUAGACAUCCCACUGUUUUUUAGGGCCUUUCUCUAGCCAUACCUGUCCCUCUAAAUUACCCUUCAGAAAAAAGUUAAAUUGCAGCAGAAAUGUCAAUAAUCACAUGCUUUAGUGUAAUCAGAAUUGGCUGUAAGUAUGUUGUAUACCUGAUCAGGGAUACAUUCAACCCCUGCAUAAAAACCAUACCUAUGGCCAACAUUGUUUCACUUCUGGUCACCUCACUGUAGUAGCAUAUGGAAGACAGUACCUAGGACAGAAAAUGUUUUAUUUUUACUCAACUGUGUUAGAUUUUUAUUUAUACAACUUUACUUUGGAGUUGUUAAGCAUAAGUAAAACUUUGGGAUAAAGAAAUGCCUUUAUAGUUAAAUUUAUUAAUAUAAAAUGAAGUGCUCACCUCUUUAAACGCUAAAUUAACGUUUUGUGUUGUUGAUGACGUUGCAACACCAAUAGAGUUAUUGUUGUGGUGUAACCUUGGAGGGGGUGAACUUCAGACUAUUGUGUGUCCAAUAGGGUGCCCUAUUCCCUAUGGACUGUGGUCAAAAAAAGUACACUUUGUUGGGAAUAGGGCGCCAUUUGAGACACCUUUAAGAUAAUCUCAUUUGUUUCACAGACUGGGGUCACCUUGAGCGGUUGGCACAGAACUGACUGAUUAAAGCUGAAGUUGUUGAAAAGACUUACCGUUGCCACUUAGUUUUGCCUUUCAUCAAAGUUUGCAUUUUUUGUUACUAAAGUCUGUCCUGUAUACGCUGAAAUGGUGCUGUCUUUGUGUUACAGAUUUAGUACACACUGAAGUCUAUACUGUCACAUCAAAAUGAUCUGACUUCUUUUGAUGCACUUUUUCAUAUAUACGUUUUGGUGUGAAAGGCUGCUGAAAUAGCAGUUGGCUGGAAUGUAACCCCUGCUGCAGCCAUGUAUGGAAGCAGAGGCUGAACCUCCGUGGGCGUCUUUUUGAUUAUGCAUCCCGUGUCAUUCAUUGUUUUACCCAGAUUUUGUUGCACAUGGGUAGCUGCAAUUUAUUUAUUGGAUACAUUUACUGAAUACUGUAUUGUAGGUAUUAGAACAUGAUUUUAUUCAGUUUUUUUAUGAAUUAUUUCUGAUGCCUGAAAUGGUUCUGCAUGUAUUAAAUCCACUAUAACAAUAGAGAAUUGGUGUUAUCUCUAUUAUUUGGUAUUCAUUAGAUGGAUAUUCCAAACAGUUAGAAUAGGACGGUGAGAGAACACUACAUUUUUCUAUUCCUCAGCUGUAUACAUAAACAAUGUCCUUAAAUAUACGCCAGUCGUCAUAAUAUA